GACGGUAUAUACAUGUGUUUAUGUGCAAGUAUUUUUGCUAAAUUUAUUGAUAUUGAAUGUAUACACUUUUUUGUGCUACGGCGAAAGGACGGACAUUGAUAUGCUCGUAAUAUCAAUUAUUGUAAUAUCAUAAGCCACUCUUGGACCAGAAGCGUGUGACCCUUAAGCAACCAAACAAAGGACAUAGAAACACACACAGAUACAGAGACAGAGACCUAGCUAUAGGAAUUCUAGAGGUUGGGGGUGUAUUUCCUCCAUUGUGUGUCAGUGUUUGUGUCCCGGCAACUUUUUACAUAAGCACGAAAAGCCACUGGGGACUGCCACCUGCGGCUACUGGUGCGUCCACUCUAAGCAGGGUUCCCGUAUUAUUAUUUUUUUUUUUGUAUUCAACGCUCUGCGUGCUGUGCUGCGUGUCCUUGCAACGUGACAGUCGCCCCAAGGAAGCCGCCCCGUCGCUGCCGCCGCCCGCCUGAAAGUAUGCAAAGGAAUUUUACAAAGCCAAGAAGUAGAAGAGAAAACGUAGACGUAAACGUGAACGUGAAUGUAAGCGAAACCCGACAAUGGCCCACUUAAAAUUGGACACCCUCCACGUGGCCAGUCCCCGCAGCCCGAGGAGUGGACGCAGCCUCUCUAGCCUCUCUGGCAGGAGCAGUGGCUGCAGCUCUGGCAGCCUCUCGCCAGUGCCCAUCAUACCGAUCAUUUCGAUUAGCCGGGAUGGCGAUGACACCGAGUCGGAGUCGGAAAUUGAAACGGAACCGGCACGCCUCUUCCAGCGUCGCAUGUCCACCAAGCGCAACAAUAAUCUGUCUGCCAUCAUUAAAGAGGGUUUCCUGCUGAAGCACACCUGGUCCUUUCAGCGCUGGCGACGUCGCUACUUUCGCUUGAAGCGAAAUAAUUUAUUCUAUGCCAAGGAUGAGAAGUGCGAUGUUUUCGAUGAGAUUGACCUAUCGGAUUUGUGUUAUUUUGAGUGUGGAAUCAAGAACGUAAAUCAUAGUUUUCAGAUAAUCACACCCACUCGCUCGCUGGUGCUCUGCGCCGAAUCCAGACGCGAAAUGGAGGACUGGCUGGGCUCUCUGAAGACGGCCACGGCCCCGCAGCGUCCGCGUGGCGACAGCUUUCUCAUCGAACAGCAUGACAUCCUGUCGAAUCACCAUCACUGGUAUGCCACCUCGCAUGCGCGACCCACCUACUGCAAUGUGUGCCGGGAUGCCCUCUCCGGCGUCACAUCCCAUGGCCUCAGCUGUGAGGUGUGCAAGUGCAAGGUGCAUAAGCGUUGUGCGGCCAAAUCCAUUGCCAAUUGCAAGUGGACAACGCUGGCGAGUGUGGGCAAGGACAUCAUUGAGCAGGCCGAUGGCAUCAUUAUGCCGCAUCAGUGGAUGGAGGGGAAUCUGCCAGUGUCCGCCGUGUGUGCCGUGUGCAAGAAGACAUGCGGCUCGGUGUUGCGACUGCAGGAUUGGAGGUGCCUCUGGUGCCGGGCCACAUGCCAUGUGGCCUGUCGACCACAGAUGGCGGUGGCCUGUCCCAUUGGACCGGCCAAGCUAUCCGUGGUGCCGCCGACCAGUGUGCAUUCAAUUAGCACUGAUGAUGCCUGGGAUGUGGCCAGCCCCAGGGGCAACUUCUCGCCCCUGCUCGUCUUUGUCAACUCCAAGUCCGGCGACAAUCAGGGCGUCAAGUUCCUGCGACGCUUCAAGCAGCUCCUCAAUCCCGCUCAGGUCUUUGAUCUGAUCUCAACGGGUCCCAGUCUGGGCCUGCGACUCUUUCGACAUUUUGAGAUGUUUCGCAUUUUGGUCUGCUCGGGCGAUGGCUCCGUGGGUUGGGUGCUAAGCGAAAUCGAUCGUUUCAAUAUGCAUAAACAAUGUCAGGUGGCUGUCAUGCCGCUGGGCACUGGCAACGAUCUGGCCAGAGUUCUGGGCUGGGGCUCCAGCUGCGACGAUGACACCCACUUGCCGCAGAUUCUGGAACGCUAUGAAUCGGCCAGCACCAAAAUGCUGGAUCGCUGGAGCAUCAUGGUCUUCGAGAAGGCCAUUGCAGUGCCAAAGAUACCAAAAAUGUCAAUCACCACGGAACAGGAGGCCAUGCUCACCGGCAUGGUGACCUCGGCGAAUCACCAUCUGCGCUUCAUUGUGGAGACGAAUGAUACCCAGACGCUGAUCACUUCGACGCGUAAUCUGUGCGACACAGUCGACGAUCUGGUGUCCCGCAUCUCGGAGCAUCACAAGGAGGACGAACAGUUGAGCGUCAAGUGCGAUAUACUGAAGCAAAAGCUGAAUAUGCUGCUCGAUGCCCUGCAGGAGGAGGAAAUGGGUGCCCAUAGUGGCGAUGAUUUGAUAGCAACCAUAAGGAGUCUCAUAGCGCGUAGCAUAGCAUCCACCUCGGGCGCCAAUCCAUCCUUGCUUAACCCAAACAUAUCAAUCGAAAAGAACGAAAAGGAUCAAAUCAACUCGAAGGAGCGUCGCAACAGUCGCUCCUUGCGUUCCAGCGAGAAGGAGGCGCUCCAAUGUCGUGCAAAUAGCGUGAAGCGUGCCAUCUACAAUGUGGUGGAGCAUUCGGAGCCGGGACGACCCAAACGCUAUCAGCGUAAGCUCUCGAUCACGCCCUUUGAGUCGCUCAAAUUGCCAACGAAUACAUCUGGCGACUCCACGCCCUGUGGCUCCCCAUUGCCCAUAAUACCACCCAUCAAUAUUAUAUCGCCCACAAUGGAGACUUCUCGCCUCACCUGCAUCUCUCCGUUGCCGGACACGCGCCGUGAUUCGGUGGACGAGAGCUUCUUCAACAGCAUUAAUCUGCCAGCACCACGGCAAUUUGCGGACAGUCGCAGGAGCUCGGGAGUGGAUGUUAUCCAGGAGAUGGAGGAGGGUCCCAAUGGGGAGACAGUCUAUCGCAUGGGCCGCAUGUCUCUCAGUGGCGGGGCCAACAUUGACGAUGCUGGCAAUCGUCUGUCGCCCAGCAGCGAUGCUGGCGACAACACGGCCACCGAUCGCAAAGUGGACUUCCUGCGAGUGCCCAUAAUGACAAGCGAACCGCUGGUGGAUCCCCUGUCCGACUAUAGACCCGUCGAGGUGUUUGAGCGCACCUACUACAUGACGCGCGAGUUGGAUAACGCCAAAGAUAAGGAAAAGGAAAUGGAAAAGGGAAAGCUGUUGAGUCAGGAGUCGAGCGGCACUCUAGAUGUGGAAAAGGAGGACAAUAUGCUCACUGAAAAGCAGGCGGCAUUGGUACACACUUGUAAUCUGCAGGUACCCGGCAUUGUCGUAACCCCCAACUCCCAAAAUGUAUACUCAAGCGCCAGUUUAACAAUCAUUGAUACCGAUGCACAGACCACCACUGAUCAGUCCUCUUCGGAUGAGAUGGCAGGCGAAGCCAGCGAUGUGCUGUCGGCCAUAAGCAAUGAGGAAUGCAGCGUCGCCUCGGAGAUAUUCGACAAGCAAGAUGCUGGUCAGACUUUGGGCGACAUUAUACAGAAUCUCGAUGCCAGCAAUUUUACGCACAUUGAUUCUCCCGAAACGAGCGAUGAAACGGAGGCCAUGCCGGGCGAGAGUAUUAUGGAUGACAUUAGCUCCGUGCUGGGUCACGAUAUAACCUAUGCGCUGCAGGACACCAUAACCGAUGAUACCACCACACUCUGCUCGGAGCAUAUGGGUCCACCGAAGCCGCCGCGCAAGAAGUCGCUGAGUGCCUUGAGCCGCACCCAAACGCAUCCAAGGAGACGCAACUCCUCGCCGCCCAGAAUGGCAAGGCUCGCCCGCAUGGAUAGCGAUGAGAAUCCACAACAGUUUGGAUUCGAGAACAUUGUCUUUGAGAUAGACAAUCGAUGCGAUGAUCAGAAGAUGAGGGAACCGCCGCGCUACUGCAGUUUGGCGCAGUUCGUGGAAGGUAACGAUAUAGCGCGUCAGAGCUUCAAGCAGCUAAUGCAAGAACAACGGAGCAACAACGAAGGCAACAAUCCAAAUGCAGCCAACGAUAAUGAAGACAACGCCGACACGGAUAUGGCAGCAAUGCAAACGCCAACGAAUGUGCCCCAGCCCCAAUAUGUGGCAAUGCCACACACAAGCGAGGAUGAACUGUCCACACAAACGGCAAUUAAAAUAGAAAUACACGAUGUUGACUCGACUGUGACAGGUGUGCGCAAUUUGACCAGCAACAUGAAAUCGACAUCGCCCACCAAGAAAUCGGGCCAUGGACAAGAUGUAAAGCGCAUUACUUUUGAUGAGUCGUGUAAGAAAGAAUCCUUUGAUGAUGUAAAUCCCAACUAUCCACAGAUAAGUGUUGUUGUCAGACCGCCGACACCGUUGCGCGGCGACUGCAUCAAGCCCGUUGCCGUUGCCAUGUUGUCUGCCACCAGCUCAUCCGGUGGCAGUGGCAGUAGCGGUUGCGGUGGCGGUGGCAUGACCAUGGCCUGCACGGGCCUGCUCGGCGUUCGCGCCAUGAAUGCCUCCGAAAUUCGUCGGCAUUCGAGUCAUGCGCCCAGCAGUCUGGCUGUACGUGAAUUCGACAAGGACAAAGAUCGCCGUCACUCCGGCUUCAAUCCCAAUCAAUUGACAUUGGAUCCGGAGCAUGCGCGUUUUCUCAGCAGCUCCCCAGCCGCCAGUCGCAGGAUUAGCUGUGGCAGCCUCUUCAAGAAGAAAAACCAAAAGGUUGCCACGAAACGGGGCUAUGGAUUGUUCAGAGUUCGGUUCUUUGUGGUCGCCGAACCAGAUAUUCGUUUGGCCACACUGGCGCUUAUCAGGCCGCUCAUACCUCUGCCGAACGAAGGCCUGCCCAAUCUACAGACCCUCAAGGGCUCCAAGUCGAGCCUGUUCAUGGGGUCAACGCUGUUCGGCUUCGAUCACUUUGCUGCUGGCGAUAAGGACGACAAAACGGGCAAGGACAAAGAGAAAACGCCCACAGAGGAGACCACUCGAAAGUUACCCAUCAUCAAUCCAUUGGUUCGACUGCCCAAUUGGCCAAAUCUCGCUAAUGGUGGCGGUUUCAUCUCGAAAUGUCUGCUGGCCAAUGCCGAUACUUUGUGUGCCGCUGUCAGCCCAUUGAUGGAUCCGGAUGAGACGCUCCUGGCCGGCUACCAUGAGAAGUGCGUAAUGAACAACUACUUUGGCAUUGGUAUCGAUGCCAAGAUCUCACUGGAUUUCCACAACAAGCGCGAGGAGCAUCCAGAGAAGUGCCGUUCCCGUGCUCGUAAUUACAUGUGGUACGGGGUACUUGGCUCCAAGCAGCUGCUCCAGAAGACCUGCAAGAAUCUCGAGCAACGGGUGCAGCUGGAGUGCGAUGGGCAAAGGAUUCCGCUGCCAGAGCUGCAGGGUAUUGUUAUAUUGAACAUACCUAGCUUCAUGGGCGGCACCAAUUUCUGGGGCAACACCAAGAAGGACGACAUCUUUCUGAGUCCCAGUUUUGAUGAUCGUGUGCUCGAGGUUGUCGCUGUCUUUGGGUCUGUGCAAAUGGCCGCCUCGCGGCUGAUCAAUCUGCAGCACCAUCGCAUUGCCCAGUGCCAAAGUGUGCAGAUCAAUAUUCUGGGCGACGAGGAGAUACCCAUUCAAGUGGACGGCGAGGCAUGGCUACAGCCUCCCGGCAUGAUUCGCAUCCUGCACAAGAAUCGCGUACAGAUGCUCUGUCGCAAUCGGAGUCUGGAGCUCUCCCUGAAGAGCUGGCAGGAGAAGCAGCGUCAGCACAGCAUCUCCAUACAGAGGGAUGCUUCCUCCACCGCAUCCGAGCACGCUGUCUCCACGGAUGAGGUGAUCUCCGAGCGGGAGUGCUAUGUCCUUCUCAAUUUCAUUGAGGCUGUUAGCUCUCUGGUCAAGUGGGUCAAAUUCCUGAUCAUCUCCCAUCCCGCACUGCAACACGAUCUAUAUUGCGUGGCCUGUCGGGCCAGUGAGGCUUUGGAGAGCAUUCAUCCGCAGGGUAAACUGCUCGAGGGUCCCUCUCUUCGCACCAACUUGGUGGAGGUGAUUGAUUCCUCGCGACAGUUGUAUGACGACGCUUGUACCUUGCUCCGAGAUCGUGGACAUAGUCUCAUCCUAAGAGAAGACCUGGAAACGAAACUGAGUGCUGCUCUGGCCAAUAUGGAGAUGGAGCUAAAGAAGUGUUCGGUGCAGAAGUGCAUUGAUGGCAAGCUACGGGCAUACUUUAAUGUUCUGGCACCCAAUGAAGAGCCCGAUGGUCGUCGCAAGUCUAGACCCUUCUGGGUCCGCCUACGCUCUGGAUCCACCGCUGGACAGCAGCAGUUCAAGUCUCCCAUCAACAACACGCGCGAAGCGGCCAACAAUUGGAGUGUCAACGAGGUGGUUACUUGGCUGGAGACCAUGCAGCUAUCCGAGUAUGUGGAUAGCUUCCUGAAGAACGACAUUCGCGGCAAGGAGCUCCUGACUCUGGGUCGCCGUGAUCUCAAGGAUCUGGGUGUGGUCAAAGUGGGUCAUGUCAAGCGCAUACUCCAGGCCAUCAAGGAUCUCAGUGAGAAUUAAAAAUAAUUGCAAAUAUAACGAAUGGUUCCUGUUGUUAAGAGAGUUAAGAUGUAGAAGUGAAGGUGUACAACCGGCUAGUACAAAGCAAAUAAGUCUUCGAAAUGUGCUCUUAGAGUUGGCAGCGAGAGAUCAGAUAUGUAUAUGUAUGUAUGGAUACGGAUAUAGAGGAGAGUGUAUGACAGUGUACAGGUGAGUGCUUAGGGACUGUUAAUUUUUUUAGAGGGGGCAACCAAUGCAUACAACAAUCACUAAUUUAUAGGCUAGCUUAGCUAAUGUCAUGGGUAUGCGGGAACCAGGGCGACAAACGAAAGAAAACGACGAUAACGAAAA